UGGAUGAUUCACGACCACUCAAGCGAUGAUUUUCAGGCGUCAUAUACCAUCAACGGAAUUACAUAUCCAUUUCCUUCAUCUGUUGGGAUUCAUCCUCAGCCGUCGUGUUGGAGCGACAUCGGCAUCGCUGGCUUCCAGACGGUCUUGGACAGUCAAGCUCACUUGAUCAGGAGGCUAAUUUGGUUAUUGGUAUUGACGACCUGUUUCACCUUAAUGCUGCUACAGACUCGCGACCGUUUAAAUUACUACCUGACUCGACCGGUUUCGACUACAGUGCGAUUCAUAAGAAAUGAUUCUCUAAUGUUUCCAUCCAUCACACUCUGCCCUUAUCGCGACACUUUGACUAGAGACACGUCUCAUUUAGACCUGGUUAAGCUCCAAUCGCUCUACGAAGUUCAUUUUCCAGAUGGAAAACAAUUUGGAGAUCCCGUCGAUGCCAUGUACAAACUGGCCGACGUGUACGACGUAGUCACUUUGUGGAAGCUAGCCGGCUGGGAAUUGGAAGACGACGUCACUAGCUGUUUGCAGGCGAGGGUCAAUUGCACGGAAAACGGGAAAAUAAUGCGAAUUUUCACGAUUUUGGGUUACUGCCUCCAUUUCCCCGGACUGCCGGUGACAGUCAGUGGCCAAUUUUAUGGUUUCAACAUCAAAUUGUGUAAAAAAACAAUUAUGCGAAUAAUUCAAACGCUAUAUAGGUCCUGUUUCAAAUUAAAAUAAAUAUUACUAUGUAUAGGUAACAAGGGCAACACGACGGAUGUGCAAAGAUUUUACAUAAUGAUCAGCGAUCGGUACAGCACUCACGACAUCCGCGCAUUGACUCACGGCUUCUUUCUGGAACAGGGCUGGAACAAGGAUGUCGCCGUUUCCCUCAAACACUUUCAAGCCGAGAGUAAAUACCAUG